AUGACUACCUUCUACCUGACCUUCUACCUGGUACUCUCUCUCCACCUUCAACCCAUCUCAACUCAAACCAUCCAGCCUUUUUCCCCGACCACACCAAAACUCACGAUGACUUCCCACGACGUCGUAGAGCUCGCCCUCCGUAACCGCAUCGCAGAGCUUAAAGCAGAACUGCGAGAGACAAAAGUCCGCUACACGGCCCUCGAGACCAAGGCGAAAGACAACGCCAAGAAGCUUGCCGACAUCGCAUCUAUCAUUCAAAACGACAUUAUGGGGGAGACCGCCACCUAUAAGGCUAAGCCUUAG